AUGGUGUAUAUUUGGGUAGAAGAAGGAAGCAAAGCGCUUCGCCUCUACGACCCUCAACACGGCAGAAUUCAUGUCAGCAGAGACGUCAUGUUCGAGGAAGGAAAAGAGUGGGAAUGGAGCGCCGAUGGAGUCGAAAGAUCACCCAACUGGGUGGUGUUCGCAGCGGAAGGGGAGACUGCAGCAACCGGCACAACAGCCGGCGCAUUUCCAGCAGUCCAAAUUAGACAGCAAACAAACCGAACUGCUGCAGCAGUCCCUGGACAACCUGCUGGCCGAACAGCCCCUGCAGGAACUCCUACACUUGAACUGUCACAUGCCCUUUCUUCUCUCAUGUUGCUCUGUGGCCCCAUUGCAGGGUUUAUUGUUCAACCCUGUGUUGGUUUCUAUAGUGACAAAUGUCAGUCAAGAUUUGGAAGGAGAAGACCAUUUAUAUUGGUCGGAUGUCUCUUUAUCUGUUUAGCUGUGAUUGUAAUUGGAUUUUCUUCCGAUAUAGGCUAUGCCUUAGGUGAUACCAAGGAGGAUUGCAGUGUUUAUCAUGGCCCUCGGCGGAAAGCAGCAGUUAUAUUUGUCGGUGGUUUUUGGGUAUUGGACUUUGCAAACAAUGCGGUGCAGGGCCCAGCUCGAGCUUUGAUGGCUGAUCUCUCAGGCCGCUUUGGGUACAAUGCAACAAAUGCAAUUUUUGCGUUUUGGAUGGCUUUUGGAAACAUCCUAGGGUACGCUUCUGGUUCAACUGGAGAAUGGCACAAUUGGCUCCCUUUCCUUAAUACGAGCGCCUGUUGUGAUGCGUGUGCAAAUUUGAAGGGAGCAUUCUUAGUUGCUGUGGUUUUUCUCCUCUUAUCCAUGCUGGUUACAUUAAUCGUCGCAAAAGAAGUCCCUCUGUCUAGUAUCCCUGGCAAAGGUGAAGAAGAGCACAGAGCAGAGUUCCUCGAUAUCUUCAGAAGUAUCAAAAACUUGCCUCCUGGAAUGCCUUCAGUACUUCUCAUCACCGGUCUUACUUGGGUCAGAGAGCGCUCGAUCUCAACCGUCCAAGCGGACAACAUAAUGUAGUACACUGGGC